CUAGAAUCACCUGUCAGUCAUGAGACAGCCGGCAUUGGAAUAAAUUUCAGCAACAGCGACGCUGUCUCGAAAAUGGCGGAGGUUUGCGAGAGGCGAAAGAGUUUUGUUAAAAAUUUGAAAUGAUUUGAAGGGAAGAAGUUAAAAAAUUAAAAAGUUAGCUAUGAUAGAAGAUUCAGCAGUGGAGGAUGAACAGUGCCUAGAUAUGGGCAACCUUUAAGCUGAGUGCAUUGUGAUUUCCAAUAAUUGAGACAGUGAAUUCUAAAAAGCUGUCUACAUUAAUGAAAAGAACAAUGUAGUCAGCUUAGCAUAUUCAUCACUUUUACUUGACCAGUAGAGAAUGUGCUUUGAGUUAACAGGAAUGUAUUGCUGCAUGCACCUAAGUAAACCGAAAGCGUUGAACAGACACAGAAAGAUUUAGGUUGCGUUGUUUUAGUUUUCUUCUCACAUCCCGGUAGUGUGUUCUUGCGUAUUUCAGUUAAACGUCGAGCGAAUUUAAGUAGUGAAAAUGGAAGGUAGCGAGCUUUUACCUCCCCUGCCGUUGGAACCGCCCGAUGGCGGGUGUUCGGAGAGCCUUAAUUGCGCAGCGCCUCCACCACCUCCCCUGCAAACGUCCAGUGAGGCAGAAGAAAUGGACGUUAGCUCUGGUGGUGAUGGACCCACACACACCCCAGCAGGGGACAGGGAGGGCUCGGCAGAGAGGUUUGAGCUUCACGGCAGGGGGCCCGAGGAGGCCGAGACUAGCGCCCCGUCCCCCAGAACCGCCCGGCACGCGCCCCCGGUCACCAAGUUCCUGCCCGACCUGAAGCUGCUGAAGGACGUUAAGAUCAGCGUCAGCUUCUCGGAGAGCUGCAGGAGCAAGGACAGGAAGGUGCUGUACACGGGGGUGGGCCAGGACGGGGCGGGCGGCAGGGCGGAGGAGGGCGUGAACGGUGAGUUGUACGAAGACCCCGCGCCGGGGUCGGCCGAUGACCAGGCAGGCGUAGGCGUGGGUAAUGGCGGUGGCGGCGGCGGCGGCGACGCCGUGGUCAGGUGUGCAGGCAGAAAGGGAGAGGAGGCGGAGACCGACCUGGAGAACAAGGUGGAGUUUGCGGUUCUGGAUGAGCUGGAGGAUUUCACAGAGAAUUUUCUGGAGACCGAAGACGGAGACCAGGUUGGGUUCAGGUCUCAGGUGAUAGUGCAGCAAGAGCAAGCGGACGAGGAGGUCCUAAAUUACUCCUACGAGGAGGACUUUGACAACGACGUGGACGCGCUGCUGGAGGAGGGCAUGCCGGUGCCCAAGAAGAUGCGCCUGGCCGAGGACAAGUACGGCGGGGACAGCGAUCACCCGUCCGACGGGGAGACCGGCGUCCAGCCCAUGAUGACCAAAAUUAAAACCGUGCUUAAGAGUCGCGGACGCCCGCCUACCGAGCCGCUGCCCGACGGAUGGAUCAUGACAUUCCACAAUUCCGGCAUUCCAGUUUACCUUCACAGGGAAACCAGAGUAGUCACCUGGUCCAGGCCGUACUUCCUGGGAACAGGGAGCAUCAGGAAACACGAUCCUCCGACCAGCAGCAUUCCCUGCCUGCACUACAAGAAAAUGAAGGAUCAAGAAGAGAGGGAACAAAACGGAGAGGUGACCCCCAAGGCCUCCCCCGCCAAGGCGGCCGAGGGGAUGGAGGUGAACGAGGGGGAGGCCGAGCCGGACUCCACGGCCCCGGAGGAGCUGACCGGCGCCCCCCCGGGGGAGGUGGGGGAGGCGGGGGAAGUCGGAGGUCCCGGGGACGAGCCGGGGGCGUCCUUCGAGACAGCCCAGGGAGCUCUGGGACAGGUCAAGGCCAAGGUGGAGGUGUGCAAGGACGAGUCUGUGGAAAUCGAGGAGUUCCGCGGCUACCUGGAGAAGUGCUUCGACUUUGAGCAGGUGACGGUGAAGAAGUUCCGCACGUGGGCGGAGCGUCGGCAGUUCAACAGGGAGAUGAAGAGGAAGCAGGCGGAGUCAGAGAGGCCCAUCUUACCCGCCAAUCAGAAGCUCAUCACACUCUCCGUUCAGGAUGCACCGACAAAGAAAGAGUUUGUCAUCAAUCCAAACGGGAAAUCGGAAGUGUGUAUACUUCACGAAUAUAUGCAACGUGUUCUUAAGGUCCGACCGGUUUAUAACUUUUUUGAAUGUGAAAACCCGAGCGAACCCUUUGGAGCUUCAGUCAUUAUCGAUGGAGUCACGUACGGAACUGGAACCGCAAGCAGUAAAAAACUUGCCAAGAAUAAAGCUGCUCGAGCAACACUGGAGAUCCUCAUACCCGACUUUGUGAAGCAGACGUCCGAGGAGAAGCCGAUGGAAGGCGAUGAGCUGGAGUAUUUUAAUCAUAUCAGUAUUGAAGAUUCGAGGGUUUACGAGCUGACCAACAAGGCUGGUCUGCUGUCCCCCUAUCAGAUUCUUCAUGAGUGCCUUAAGAGAAACCACGGAAUGGGCGACACUAGCAUCAAGUUUGAGGUGAUCCCCGGGAAGAACCAGAAGAGCGAGUACGUGAUGACCUGUGGGAAGCACACGGUGCGGGGGUGGUGUAAGAAUAAGCGUGUGGGGAAGCAGUUGGCCUCUCAGAAGAUCCUGCAGAUGCUGCACCCCCAUGUGAAGAACUGGGGGUCACUGCUGCGCAUGUACGGCAGAGAGAGCAAUAAGAUGGUGAAAAAGGAAAAUUCAGAUAAAAGUGUGAUCGAACUUCAGCAGUAUGCCAAAAAGAACAAGCCAAAUCUUCACAUCCUGAACAAACUGCAAGAGGAGAUGAGGAAGCUGGCGAAAGAGAGGGAAGAAACCAGGAAGAAGCCAAAAAUGACAAUAAUGGAAUCUAAUCAGCCUGGCAGCGAGCCCCUCUGUACUGUUGACGUUUAGAGAACUGCAACCAACCGACAAACACGGCACUGACCAAUGGUAUCCAUUUUCACUGUCCAAAAAAUAAAAAAUGUAAAAAAAGGCCACACCCACGUGCUUGAAUAACGCCUCAUUAUGCAGAGUGAAAUGGCAAUACAAACUUUAAUGUAAGGAGACCUCUUAUUGUAACCUGGGCAGUUACCAAGCUGCUCUUUUUAAAGUUUUGGUGCACACAUUUUAACACACAUGGGACACUUAAGAACAGGAUAAAUGCACUAAAAAAAUGUUUAAAAAAAAAAAGUAUAGCUUGAACAUCAUUCUCGUAUAGCCUCUACACAGCACUUUCAACCCCCCCCCCCCACAAAUGAACCAUAGGUUCUGCUGAAAAAAUGUAAUUUGAGUUUAGAUUUUUUAUUAAUUUUUUUCCAACAGACUUAAGUGGUCAAAGUCUAAAUAUAACCACGUAUCAGCAGAUGAAAACAAAUAAAAGUGAAAUCAAACUGGUAAAAUGUUAAUAAUUCUUUCUUUGGCAAUAGGAGUUUAAGAUCAUCAUUGAAUUUUCCGUUUGUGUUGACCACACCGAUAAAAUAAGUUUCAGAGUUUUUCAUUCAAAUACAAUAAGCCUUCAGUUGGUUUUUCGGUGAUAUUCAGUUUAUAAAAACAAAAAAAAGUGAAAUGAAAAAUUGUACAGGUGGUCUUGUAUUUUUCAAGGAUUUACAGUGUCUUGUGGAACAGAUUCCCAUUUGAUUUUCACUCCUCAGCCCUAUGUGGUACGCCACUGAAAUUUAGCAGUUCACUGGUGUACAGAGCAUUAUUUUUUGCUGGCUGACAUUGUACAUAGCGUCCACGAUGGAUAUUAAAAUAGGAUUUAAAAACGGAAGCUGUGGAAUGCGACAUCGUCGGAUCGGUUGGCUAUAGUUUUCAUUUGCACAUUUAAAAAAACAAAAACGAAUGGCAUUGUUACUGCAUUUACAAGAUUGUCUAUAUUCAAGUGUAUCAUUGCGUUAACGGGGAAACCAAGUGACAAUUGUUUUUUUUUUGUUUUGUUUUUUUAAAAGACUAUUCCACGCUUGUAUUUUCAAGAAAUGCAUAUUUGUGGGCAAAGGGUACUGAAGGGGGAAUUUGUCUUGGUGUAAGCUUGAUUUUUUUUGUUCUAGAUAAAGAAAAAACUAUAUAUAUAUUAUAGAAUUUUUGAUUGCCUUUUUUUUUUUUUGUUCCGGAAAUGCAGGAUGAAACAUAUCAGUGGUCGGCUGUAAUGCUGAUCUAACAAGCUAGGUCUUGCUUUCCUUGUUUUGGCACUGCAGAAAACACAAGCACAAGAGCUUGAGGUACUGUAGUCUGAGAAGAGUGUGUAGGGUCGCGGAUACAAGGGUCUGGUCGGUCGCGUCAAAUUUAACCUUUUCCACUUAUUUUCUUUAUUGCGUUUAUGGGGUAGCUUACUUAACAUUAACCUUUCUUUCAUUCAGAUUUUAUUCUCAUUACAGAGUGGCCAAAAUAUUCUUAGUGUAGAUGGAGCUACUCCUGGUACAGCAGCUUUGAUAGGGGGGGAAAUGAACAGUUCUGGAUGUGGUUUUCUCUCUAAACAGGUCACAGGUGGUGUGCGAUGCCUUAGUUUAGCCUGUUUCGGUAAGGGCUCCCUUUGUGAACGCAAGGAGAACACAAGUCUAAAACAGCGGUAGCCAACCCUGUACUUGGAGAUGUACAGUCCUGUAGGUUUUCAUUCCAAGCCUAAGAAGGCAAACCUCAUACAACAGCGAGAGAUCUUGUUGUGCUGCCAAUUAGUAGUCAGGUGCACCAAAUUAGGGUUGAAAUGAAAUCCGACAGGAUGGUAGAUCUCCCAGGGUUGGUAACCACUGGUCUGAAGGACCUUUAUUUUGUGAGGGGAGGAGUUUUUUUUGGGGGGGGGGGGGGGCUUCUACUUCAGCCUGUGUCAUUGGAGAAGCUGCCCAGUAUAUAUUUGCUGUGGAGUGAAAAUGUCAGUAAUAUUGGUAUUCUGUCUGAACUGCCUUUUAGCAUGUGCUGAUUUUAAUCGUCUUAAUGGGAUUGUUUGUCCGUGUACGGUGUGUGUACGUUUGCCAUUUACGUGACAGUUGAUCAUGUGCAUUCAGAUCUAAUCAAGUUUAAAACAGUGUAUUGAAUAUUUGGAGCAAAGUUUGUUUUUUCCUUUUCUUUUCAAAGGGGCAAUCUACAAAAAUGAAGGUGGUACUCUAUUACCUCGAACAAAAAAGCAUUUUCUCAUGACACGAAGUCCCAUAGUUCAAGCAGUGUGAACCAAAGCUUAUAUCCAGUCUUAUGCAUUUUUAUAGAAUAUACUGUAGGUUGCUGCACAAUAAAUAUAUACAUAUAUAUACAGGAAAGAAAAAGAAGAUGCAAUAACUGCUGGAACAAAUUUUAACUGCUGUGCACUGUCAGUGUUGUAUUUUGGUGUGUGUGUGCGCGUGCUUUUUUUUUCCUCAAUGUUUACUGCAUUUCUUACAUUUCACCACUGCACACCAACACAAAGCUGCUGUUGUCACAUUUAGAAUGCUUUAAGAAUGUGCUUUCUGCAUUACAAUUUUGGAGAGACGAUAGUCUUGUUUUUUUCUUUCGUUUUUUUUUUUUUUUUGUCUUGCGAAUUGCGUGUUAGUGUGCAAAGAGGAGCCUUUUAUACCGUUACAGUUGGACCCGUAACAGUGUGGAAUUCUGUAGCUAAAGGUGAUGCUGCCUAGGAUAUGAAGUGUCUUGUAAUGUGACUUGAGUUCACUGACUUGACUUCAGUGAAAUUUUGUUUAUGCAAAUAAACUUGUCUUGACAAACA